CAUUAUACAUUAUUCUAAAAGAGAGAGACAAAUAUUUUAAAUGUUAGAGAGAGAAUGAAAUGAAGGGUGAGAGAGAUUUUAUAGAUAAAUAAAAUAAAAAAAUAUAUAUAUAAAUAUAAAUAAAGAAGAACAUAGUACUAAAUGAAGAUGUUUGGCUUCUACUACAUCCAUUACACUUCUCCUCUUUCUUGAUGUUGAUGCUGAAGACUGAAUAAACACUGAGGUGGUAGAAUCAUAGGAACUAGUUCAGUGUGUUAAUUUUUGGUAAUAAGUCAUUGAUUUGGAUCACUUUGAAGGCUAUACAUAUGGCUAUGCAAAAUGUUUAUCUUAGAGAACAUGAAGGAACUUUCCACAAUUCUGUGGGACAGUAUUCAUCUGUGAAUUCAGCUCCAUGGUGGAAUAAUGCCUUUGGAUCAUCUCAAUCUGUUUAUGGGGGAGAUCAGUCUUGUGGACAAAUGAAACCCUUUUCAUUGGAGCUUUCUAACUACAUAGAUCAACUUGGUCCUAGUAAGCACUUAGGGAGAGGUGUUGAACAAUUGUUGGAUAAAGGACAUACAAACCAAUUUACCAUCUUUCCAGAUGACUGUAAGAUGUUAGGUGAUGCACAAAAUCAUCAAGCAACCUUAUCACUUCAGUCAUCGUUUGCUGUUACUGAGCCGCAUAAUCGUUUCGAGCUAGGAUUUAAUCAAUCUAUGAUAUGCGCGAAAUAUCCUUAUAUGGAUCAAUUUUAUGGACUCUUCUCAACUUAUGGACCACAAAUUUCGGGACGUAUAAUGCUUCCGCUUAGCUUGGCGUCGGACGAUGGACCGACUUACGUGAAUGCUAAGCAGUACCAUGGAAUCAUCAGACGCCGACAAUCCCGUGCCAAAGCUGUGCUUCAGAAUAAAUUGAUUAAACGUAGCAAGCCAUAUAUGCAUGAAUCGCGCCAUCUACAUGCAAUGCGGCGACCAAGAGGAUGUGGUGGCCGCUUCUUGAACACAAAGGUUUCUGCUAUUGGAAAUGGUAAAAGCGGGAGCGAAGUGAAGCAAAAAACUGGAGGCCUACAACUGCAGUCGAGUGGCUCUCAAAGUUCUGAAGUCCUGCAAUCUGAGGUCGGAACUUUAAAUUCAUCAAAGGAAACAAAUGGAGGAAGUCCAAAUGUGUCAGGGUCAGAAGUCACUAGCAUGUAUUCACAGGGAGGUCUUGAUAGCUUUGCUGUCAAUCAUAUCAGAUCUUCUGUCCACUCUUUGGGAGACAUGAUGGAUACCGAACACGGUAUCGUCAUGCCAACCAAAUGGUUUGCAGCAGCUGGCGACAGUUGCUGCAACCGUAAAAUUUGGUUGGGAAAGGAAAACAAAUGGAUUUGGUACAAUGUUAAUUUUGCACCAAACUCCAUCCUUUCUGUGUCUAGAUGAAGAAGCACAUGUCACAGUUUCUUGUGUUUACUGUGACAAAUUAGUUCUUGAAGACGGCUUCUCCAUCUGGUGCUGAGGCAAAUCAUUCUUGGCUUAUGCUCAGGCAACUCAUGCUUGGCUUAUGAAAAUUUAGUAGUAUUGUGUUUGUAUUUGUGUACAGGCCUGCUUUAGCAUGUGUAGACAUGCUUAAUGGCUUGGUAUCAUGAUGCAAUUAACUAUGAUGUGUCUUACUUUCUAUGUUAAACUAAGAACAUGAAUUCUAGGUAACAUGUGUGUGUUUUUCAUUAUAUUUUAUUAAGUUUGGUGUUUUGUAAUGGAUUUCUGACUUUAUGGAGUAAUGUAUCAUAGAACUUUGGCCUAUUACUCUAAUGAGAAAUGUCUAUUUUAUAUCA